AUGUCUAAAGUGGUUGAGGCGGGCCACUCCGCAAUGUGGGACAAAGACGUUACAAAUAUUUUUUGUGAUUUGUGUAUUAAAGAAAUAGAGCUGGGUAACAGACCAACAACGUAUUUUAAUAAGGAAGGGUGGAAUAGCAUUGGCAAGAGAUUUAAAGAACUGACUGGUAGGGAUUACGACCGCCUUAAAUUUAAAAACAAAUGGGACCAGCUGAAGAAGGAAUGGAAAAUAUGGAAGGAGUUGAAGCGUGGAUCUACCGGCAGUACCGGCAGCGAAGAAGUACAAACAGUGUACAAACAAUGUGGAAUAGAACCGGAAUUUGAAGAGAAGUUGGACAUAAUGUUUAAAUGGGUUGUCGCAACAGGAAAGUUUUCAUACAACCCAAUUGAAAGCGGUUUUACAGGGAUACCAGAUGAGAUCACACCUGAUCCAGUGACACCCGAUGAAGAAGUUCAAAGCAUUAACCAGAGGGAUAUGGGGGAGUCCAGUACAAUUUUAAAGAGGCCAAGGAUUGCUAAGAAAAAUAAAGAGAAAGAACAUGCUGUGAACACCUCCUUCGACCGUUUAAUUGAAGCUUUUGCAGCUCCACCAAUAUCUGAAGCUAGCAUAAUAGACUGUCUGAGGCUUUUGGGCUAA